GGUAUAUAAGGCGACGGCGGCCCGGGAGAGGUAGGCAUUGCUUUACCUGUGCUGCUUUAGUACACUUCUCCCUCCCGUGCAACAAAUACUGACAGGAUGGGUCAGGGUGCCGUGUUGUUUACCCUGCUGGUGGUGUUGGCAGGAUCCCGGGCUGCUAAGUUAGGCUUCCUCGAGCCAUCCUUCCCUCCCACGGCAGACACGCGGUUCAAUGAAGUCUUCGGCUCCUACUUGCCACCUAUCCCCGAUAACCCACUUCCUGGCUCCACCUGUGCCACCACCAUCAUCACAGAGACCAGCGGUCAGGUGCAGACCGUGGUGGUCCCCACCACCAUCUACAACGAUGUAGUAGUGACAAAAACAGACCUCUCUACGACCGUGGUUGUUCAAGACGAAACCAUCAUCAACACUGAAACUGUAGUGAACACAAUUACAAACACAGAGUACGUCACCAACACCCGCACAGAGACACAAACCAUCACAGAGACCUCCACCGUCACACUCCCAGCUCAAACCAUCUACAACACCGUCACAGAGAGCCGCUUUUCCACCGUCGUUGUGGACACUACACGUGUCGAGGUGGUGACCAACAUCGUGCCCAGCACUGUGGUGGAGACUGAAGUCUCUACCGAAAUCAUCGCCACGACCCUCACGAGGAUCGACACACAAUACAUCACCAACACAGUCACCAAUACGCUGCCUGCCCAGACCGUGGUGGAGACGGAGUUCGUCACCAACACCAACGUGGUGACUCAGACACUGCCGGGAGAGACCAUCUACAACACCAACACUGUCGUCUCCACCUUUAUCAAUGAAAUAGUGUCCACCUUGCCAGCUGUAACCUCUCAGGUGGUGUCCACACAGGUGGUGCCUGUAGUGACCACCAUCAUUAACACUCAGGUGGUCACCGACACCCAGACCCAGACUGUAGAGCGCACACAAUAUGUGACAGAGACACAGACGCAGGUGGACACCCAGGUGGUCCCCACCACUGUGGUCAACAUUGAGACACAGGUGGUGACGGAGGUGGUGGACAAUGUGAUCACCUCAGUUGUCACUGUGCCCACCGUCAUCACCCAGACCGCCGUGUCCACCCGGGUGUCUGUGGUGGAGGAGACUGUAGCCGUGACGGAGACUCAGAGGGUCAACCAGGUGGUCACAGUGCCAGGAGGUGUCACCACCAUCUACCGUACACAGGUGGUGGCCAACCCCCUCGUCUCCACUGCCUACAUCACUAACGAUGUAGUAAACACACUCACCAUCACCCAGACGGUGCCAGGCUCCUGUGGCACCAACACAGGUUAUGACUACAGGCAGCCCAACGUUCCCUUCAACUUCUAGAAUCUAGAUAAACAUUGCUCGUCAUUCGUCCAAAAGUGAGCUGCCGUCGGGCUCCUCAGUGUUUAGUAAACUGUCCAGUAAAUGAGCAUAACUGUGAUUGGUGUCGGGUUAUCUGUCUAUCUACGAGGCUGGGUCCUCUUCUGGUACACAUAAUAUUACAAUAGUUUUUAAAUCUCUACCAUGUGCCAUUCAUUCUCACUAUUUAUAGCGGACAUUCCCUGCACACCGUCCCACGAAAGCACAAAACGAUUAUGCUGCCUGUUGUGUAUAUAUAAUCAAGCAAGCAUACUUGUAACUUUUAAAUAAACCUUAUUUGUAAAA